AUGUGCUGGUCUUCUGGAGGGUAUAUGCUGCUUCUGAGCUUUUUCCUGGUUUCUGUCUCGAAUGCCGACACGAUCAGCGAGUACACGAUGGAGAUUCUCGACAACGUGACGACGGUGCUGAACACGGGCAGUGUGCUGUAUAUUAAUGGACAACCGAAUAUAACGGAAAGUGUCUAUGAAAUCCGGCUUGGCGUCGGCGACGAUGUCGGUCUCCGGAUCCAAUAUCAGUUUAUCCCGGCAAAUGACUCGAAUCCUGCGCAGGAUGUGUUGAUUUUUGGCGAUGAUAUGAGACAAGACCUUGACACCGAUGGAAUUCGAAAAGUUAUGCCAAGGAGUGCUGCCGAUUCUACAAAUAUUACCGGAGAGACGCAUAUGAUCUUUAUCAGGGUCCUCGACUCAAACUACGCGAUUUACUUUACGAACGGCCGGAGCCAAUGGAACAUUUUCAACUAUCAAUUCACAUUCCCGAUUCAGAGCGUGUCGAGCAUCGGGCUGAGAGGGGAGUUCUUGCUCAAGGUCUACGAGCACUGGAAUCAGUCGAUAACCCUGCCGCACAGCUUCGCCUUCCCCACCCAGGAUAACAUCUUCCCCGUGGGUUCUACCGUAGUGGUCGUCGCUGAUCUAGGCACGGGGACCAACUUCACGAUCGAUUUGAUGGGUACCGGUUCGACGGUGAAUUUCCGCUGGCAAAUGGCCAUGGCUCAACAUGCUUACCAAAUCUCGAACAACGUCUCAGGGGACUGGAGCCUGGUUGGCACGUCGGGUGACUGUGGAUUGAGCAAUUUGGCGUUUGCACAGGACCAGAUCGUGUUCGUCAUAAUUUCGAAUACCAAGACGUCGAUAUCGGUAUUCGUCCAAAUCGCAGGCUACACGUACAACUGCCCGACAUAUUUCGUGCAUAACCCAUUGAUCGACACAAAUGUUGGCUAUCAUUCCGUGGUGGUUAGUGGGGAUGUUCAACCCCUACAAAUGUGUCGUAUCAACACGCUAUGGGCCUCA